AAGGCAACAAGCAUAGAACUUGUCAAAAUGCGGAAACAUAUAACGAUUAAACAGGUAUUUUAUGUCCUCUCCUUCUUCUCUGGCUCCAAUGUUUCUUUGGGAUAUGUUUUCAAUCGUCCGAGACGAUCUGGAGAAAGGGACGAAGCUCCACAACAUUCAGAAUUUCCCGCAGAUUCACCAUGGAUAAGUACGUUAGGGUCAUGCAAGAACCGAUGCUUUGAGCUGCAGGAGGCUGAAGCGCCCAACUGUCGCUGUGACAACUUGUGCAAGACCUACAACAGCUGCUGUUCUGAUUUUGAUGAGCAUUGCCUGAAAACUGGUAGGUGGUUUUGCAGCAAAGAACGCUGUGGGGAGACUCGAAACGAAGCUCACGCAUGCCACUGCUCUGAGGACUGCCUGGAAAAGGGAGACUGCUGCACCAACUACAAAACCCUAUGCAAAGGUGAAACAUCAUGGGAGCAAGAUGACUGUCAAGAGAUUAAGACUCAAGAAUGUCCUGAAGGAUUCGUCCGACCCCCUCUCAUCAUUUUGUCGGUGGAUGGAUUCCGUGCAUCUUACAUGAAAAGGGGCAGUGCAGUUAUCCCCAACAUUGAUAAACUAAGAACAUGUGGUACUCAUGCACCUUAUAUGAGACCUGUCUACCCCACUAAAACCUUCCCCAAUUUGUACAGCCUUGCAACAGGCCUUUAUCCUGAAUCCCAUGGCAUAGUGGGAAACUCCAUGCACGACCCAGUGUUUGAUGCGAUCUUCAACCUCCGAGGUCGCGAGAAACUGAACCAUCGCUGGUGGGGGGGUCAGCCAAUUUGGAUCACAGCGGUGAAGCAAGGGGUGAAGGCAGGAACUUUCUUCUGGCCUGUAGUGAUUCCGCUGGAGAGGAGGGUACUGACAAUGCUUCAGUGGCUUAACCUUCCUGAUGGAGAGAGGCCUUAUGUGUACGCCAUGCACUCUGAGCAGUCAGAUGCGUUUGGACACAAGCUGGGACCCCUGAACAUUGAGCUGAACAACCCCCUAAAGGAGACUGAUAAGAUCUUCGGGCAGCUGAUGGACGGACUGAAGCAGAUGAACCUGCACCGCUGUGUUAACCUCAUUGUGGUGGGAGACCACGGGAUGGAGGAGGCACAUUGUGACCGAACAGAGUUCCUGAGUUCCUACAUGACGAAUGUGGAUGACCUCAUUCUUGUCCCAGGGUCGCUUGGUAGAAUUCGUUCCAGGUUGCCUAACAACGCAAAAUAUGACGCUAAAGCAAUUGUGGCAAAUCUUACAUGUAAGAAGUCGGAUCAACACUUCAAACCAUAUCUAAAGCAGCACCUUCCAAAGCGUCUACACUAUGCCAACAACCGCAGGAUUGAGGAGAUCCAUCUGAUGGUGGACAGAAAGUGGCACAUCGCGAGGAAAGCUCCAGAAGGCAAGAAACACCCUGGGAAAUGUGGAUUUAAUGGUGACCAUGGUUAUGAUAACAAGAUAAACAGCAUGCAGACAAUCUUUUUGGCUUAUGGACCUAAUUUCAAAUUCAAGACAAAAGUGCCAGCUUUUGAGAACAUUGAACUUUACAAUGUGAUGUGUGACCUCCUGGGCUUGAAGCCUGCCCCUAACAACGGAACCCAUGGUAGCUUGAACCACAUCCUGAAAACCCCCACCCAUAAGCCCACUAUGCCUGAGGAGAUUUCCAAGCCUACCACCUCAGUCCCUGCGUCUGCUAUCACAGAUGACUUAGGGUGUAGCUGUGAGGACAAAAACAAAGUGGAGGAACUCAAUCAGAGACUGAGACAAGCUCUGGAUGAUAGCAAGAAUCUUCCAUAUGGUCGACCAGCCAUACUCUUCCGUACAAAAUACAGCGUUCUCCACCACAGUGAUUAUAUCAGUGGGUACAGUGAGACCCUCUCUAUGCCUCUAUGGGUAUCUUACACAGUCUCCAAACAGAUAGAUGUCACCCCUCUCCCAGAGUCUUUGAGCAACUGUGUGAGGCCUGACAUUCGCGUGCCUCCAGGCUAUAGUCAGUCAUGCUCUGGCUACAAAGCAGACAAACAGAUCUCCUACGGAUUUCUGUACCCACCACAGCUGGCCUCGACCCCAGAAGGCCGACAAGAUGCAGUCCUGAUCACAAACACCGUUCCCAUGUACCCUGCAUUCAAGAGGAUGUGGAGCUACUUCCAGAAGACGCUGGUGAAGCGGUACGCUAGCGAGAGAAAUGGGAUAAAUGUGGUCAGCGGCCCCGUCUUUGACUACGACUACGACGGCCUGCGAGACACGGCGGAGAAAAGGAAACAGUAUGUGAGCGGCUCCGUACCCAUCCCGACCCACUACUACAUCCUGGUCACCAGCUGCUUGGACUACACCCAAGCUGUGAACUCCUGCGACGGUCCGCUCAGUGUCUUCUCCUUCAUCCUCCCGCACCGGGCAGACAACGACGAGAGCUGCGGCAGCUCUGAAGAGGAGUCUAAGUGGGUGGAGGACCUGAUGAAGAAGCAUACAGCACGAGUGCGUGACAUCGAGAUCCUCACCGGGCUGGACUUCUACCGCAGGACCAGCCGGACAUACACCGAGAUCCUCUCGUUAAAGACUUACAUGCACACAUAUGAGAGUGAGAUAUAAGCGGCUCUCUCCACUGCAUCUCGAGUGAUUAGGUGUAUAUUUUUAUACAGUUUUUUAUUUAUUAUUCCUUCACAAUAAAAUGCCCAGUGUUAAUUGAACACUAACAGAGUACAAAUAAGUCCAAUAGGGACCACAUGCACUCUGUAAGAGCUGAUUUAUCACUGAUCGUUUCAUUGUGUUCCACUGUUUAAAGCCGUAUAGUAGGCUAAUACUGCGUAAUACAUUUUUGAAAUAGCAAGCAUGAAUGGACUUGUUUUUAUAUUACUUGUUUUAAUUAUGUCAUGUGUCAGUGUUUUGCAAUGUAGAAUUUGUGAGAGGGAGGGGUGUCUGGGAGUAGUUGUGGCUGGGAGCUUUGAGUGAGAUGUAUUCUUGACUGUAGGCCUAUAUGACAACGAAUCAUCUGUUAUAUCAACUUCAUUAUGUAAUACCAGUUUUGUAAUUGUUGCUUUAUGUUAAUUUGUUAUGAAUGAACAAUGAAUCCCAAUAAAGAACAUUUUAUAUA